GGACUGCAGUUUAAGCGAACCACGGAGAAGAACGGAUUUCGGAAAAUCAUUUUGAUUUUUUUACAUACAAGCUAAAAGAAACAAAAAUUUAAUAAAGUAUAUAUAAAAAAUAGUGCUUAAAAUUUCAACACUUAAAUAUCUCGUAAAUGCAACAAAAAAAAGUGUAAAUAAUCCGUCGAGUAACUACAUUAAAAAAUUAAUAAUAAAGCAUAAAAAAAGUAUAUAAUAUUUGUUUAAGAAUAUUUUGCACGUUCUAAAAAAUCAUCUAUUAUCGCCACUCUAAUGAAUAUUCAUAUAAAAUAAAAAUACUCGCCGCUAAAAUUAGCUAUAAUUUAUAAAUAAAAAAAUUAACAAAUUAAAUUAAAAAAAAAAAAAACAAAAACAACAAGAUCAACGCAAACAACUAUAGUUGUGGAAAAAUAAAAACAAUUCAGAAUUCAUUUUCUUCGAUUAUCAUUGACAACUACAGCUGAAUCAUUAAUUUUCCACUAUAUUGAUCCACAUAAAGACGAACGAACAUCAGCGGUUUAACGAAAUCGUGAUAGCCCGUAGGCGCUUCACGAAAAUGGCGCCUCGGAUAUAGUUGUAACCUUAAUGUAGCAGGCAACAUCCAUGUGCCUCAUGCCUUGGAAAUCUGAGGCUCUCAUCGUUGGCCGCAUAGACAAUGACAGAAGAUUCCGACUCGAUAUCUGAGGAAGAACGCAGUUUGUUCCGUCCCUUCACCCGCGAAUCAUUGGUGGUAAUAGAAGCCCGUAUUGCUGCAGAACAUGCUAAACAAAAAGAGCUGGAGAGAAAGAGAGCCGAGGGAGAGGUGCCGCAAUAUGGUCGCAAGAAUAAAAAGAAAGAAAUCCGAUAUGAUGACGAGGACGAGGAUGAAGGUCCACAACCGGAUCCUACACUUGAACAGGGCGUGCCCAUACCUGUUCGACUGCAGAGCAGCUUCCCGCCGGAAUUGGCCUCCACUCCUCUCGAGGAUAUUGAUCCAUUCUACUCAAAUAUACUGACAUUUGUAGUAGUAAGCAAAGGAAAAGAUAUUUUUCGCUUUUCUGCAUCAAAAGCAAUGUGGUUGCUCGAUCCAUUCAACCCGAUACGCCGUGUAGCUAUUUAUAUUUUAGUACAUCCGUUAUUUUCAUUAUUCAUUAUUACAACUAUUCUUACUAACUGUAUAUUGAUGAUAAUGCCGACGACACCAACGGUCGAAUCAACUGAGGUGAUAUUCACCGGAAUCUACACAUUUGAAUCAGCUGUUAAAGUGAUGGCACGAGGUUUCAUUUUAUGCCCGUUUACGUAUCUUAGAGAUGCAUGGAAUUGGCUGGACUUCGUAGUAAUAGCUUUAGCCUAUGUGACGAUGGGUAUAGAUUUAGGGAAUCUCGCAGCCUUGAGAACCUUUAGGGUGUUGCGAGCACUCAAAACAGUAGCCAUUGUGCCAGGCUUGAAGACAAUUGUUGGCGCUGUCAUCGAAUCGGUUAAAAAUCUACGCGAUGUGAUAAUUUUGACAAUGUUUUCGCUAUCAGUUUUUGCACUGAUGGGUCUGCAAAUCUAUAUGGGUGUUCUAACACAAAAGUGCAUUAAAAGAUUCCCCUUAGACGGCUCAUGGGGGAAUUUAACCGAUGAAAAUUGGGAUUACCACAAUCGGAAUGCUUCGAAUUGGUUCACCAAUGAUGGUUUAACGUACCCCCUUUGUGGUAACAGCUCUGGAGCAGGACAAUGUGAGGAGGACUACGUAUGUCUUCAGGGCUUUGGUGAUAAUCCCAAUUAUGGCUACACCAGUUUCGAUUCCUUCGGCUGGGCAUUCCUGUCGGCGUUUCGUCUAAUGACCCAAGAUUAUUGGGAGAAUUUAUACCAACUGGUUUUAAGAGCAGCUGGCCCCUGGCAUAUGCUCUUCUUCAUCGUGAUCAUCUUUUUAGGUUCGUUUUAUCUCGUGAAUUUGAUUUUGGCUAUUGUUGCCAUGUCUUAUGACGAAUUGCAAAAGAAGGCCGAAGAAGAGGAGGCUGCCGAAGAGGAGGCUAUAAGGGAAGCGGAAGAAGCUGCCGCGGCGAGAGCUGCCAAAUUGGAAGAGCGUGCUAAUGCUGCUGCUGCGGCUGCUCAGGCUGCGGCCGAUGCUGCUGAGGCGGCGCUGCAUCCUGAGCUAGCAAAGAGCCCAACGUAUUCCUGUAUCAGCUAUGAGCUAUUCGUUGGUGGUGAAAAGGGCAACGAUGACAACAAUAAGGAAAAAAUGUCAAUACGUAGCGUUGAAGUGGAAUCGGAGUCGGUGAGCGUUAUACAAAGACCACCAGCACCUACUACAGCACCUACAGCCACCAAAGUUCGUAAAGUGAGCACGACAUCCUUAUCCUUACCCGGUUCACCGUUUAACAUUCGAAGAGGAUCACGUAGUUCGCACAAGUACAAUUUCAACCAUCAGUAUACAAUACGAAACGGUAGAGGUCGUUUUGGCAUACCUGGUAGCGAUCGAAAACCGCUCGUAUUAUCAACAUAUCAGGAUGCUCAGCAGCAUUUACCUUAUGCGGAUGAUUCAAAUGCGGUAACACCAAUGUCCGAAGAAAAUGGUGCAAUAAUUGUGCCUGUCUAUUAUGGUAAUUUAGGAUCUAGACAUUCAUCAUAUACCUCGCAUCAGUCCAGAAUAUCCUAUACAUCGCAUGGUGAUCUGCUAGGUGGAAUGGCUACAAUGGGUGCUGGUCCCAUGACAAAAGAAAGCAAACUACGGAAUCGUAAUUCACGUAAUCAAUCAAUAGGUGCUACAAACGGUGCAAGUUAUGCGGAAACAAAUCAUAAAGAACAUCGCGAAUAUGAAAUGGGAUUAGAUUGUACAGAUGAAGCUGGAAAAGUAAAACACCACGACAAUCCUUUUAUUGAACCCGUCCAAACGCAAACAGUGGUUGAUAUGAAAGAUGUCAUGGUACUAAAUGACAUUAUCGAACAAGCCGCUGGUCGGCAGAGUCGAGCAAGUGAUAAAGGAGUCUCCAUUUACUACUUUCCAACAGAGGAUGACGACGAAGAUGGCCCAACACUCAAGGAUAAAGCCAUUGAGGCAUUCCUUAGAGGCAUAGAUAUAUUUUGCGUUUGGGACUGCUGCUUCUGUUGGGUUAAGAUUGUUGAAUGGGUUUCCUUAAUUGUGUUUGAUCCAUUUGUUGAACUAUUCAUCACCCUCUGUAUUGUGGUUAAUACAAUGUUCAUGGCACUAGAUCACCACGACAUGAACAAAGAAAUGGAAAAGAUUCUAAAAAGUGGAAACUAUUUUUUCACGGCGACAUUUGCGAUCGAAGCUACGAUGAAAUUGUGUGCAAUGAGUCCGAAAUACUAUUUUCAAGAGGGAUGGAAUAUUUUUGAUUUCAUCAUAGUAGCACUCUCCCUACUCGAACUAGGUCUGGAGGGUGUGCAGGGAUUAUCUGUAUUACGUUCGUUUCGUUUGCUUCGUGUUUUCAAAUUAGCUAAAUCUUGGCCAACAUUAAAUUUACUUAUAUCGAUUAUGGGUCGCACAAUGGGUGCAUUGGGUAAUCUGACAUUUGUCUUGUGCAUUAUCAUCUUCAUAUUUGCCGUCAUGGGAAUGCAACUAUUUGGGAAAAAUUAUCAUGACCACAAAGACAGAUUCCCCGAUGGAGAUCUUCCGCGAUGGAAUUUCACCGAUUUUAUGCACUCAUUUAUGAUUGUGUUUCGUGUCUUAUGCGGAGAAUGGAUUGAAUCUAUGUGGGAUUGUAUGUACGUUGGUGACGUCUCCUGUAUUCCAUUCUUUUUGGCUACUGUCGUUAUUGGAAAUCUAGUCGUUCUGAAUCUUUUCUUAGCCUUGCUUUUGUCCAAUUUCGGUUCAUCCAGUUUAUCAGCGCCAACCGCAGACAACGAUACAAACAAAAUCGCUGAAGCAUUCAAUAGAUUUUCGCGUUUUUCGAAAUGGAUUAAACGUAACGUAGCAAGUUGUUUCAAAUUAAUUCGUAACAAAUUGACAAAUCAAAUUAGCGAUCAACCACCAGGUGAGAGGACCAAUCAGAUCAGUUGGAUAUGGAAUGAAGGCAUGGGAGUUUGUCGUUGUAUAUCUGCAGAACAUGGUGACAAUGAACUCGAAUUAGGCGCCGAUGAAAUACUGGCCGAUGGUUUAAUCAAAAAAGGUAUCAAGGAGCAAAAUCAACUUGAAGUGGCCAUUGGCGACGGCAUGGAAUUCACGAUACACGGGGAUUUGAAGCACAACAAAACGAAGAAAUCGAAAUAUCUGAAUAAUUCAACGAUGAUUGGCAAUUCAAUUAACCACCAAGACAAUAGACUGGAACACGAGCUAAACCAUAGAGGUUUGUCCUUACAGGACGACGACACUGCCAGCAUUAACUCAUAUGGUAGCCAUAAGAAUCGACCAUUUAAAGACGAGAGUCAUAAAGGUAGCGCCGAAACCAUGGAAGGGGAAGAGAAACGGGACGCCAGCAAAGAAGAUCUCGGACUUGAUGAGGAGCUCGACGAAGAAGGCGAAGGCGAGGAAGGCCCCCUCGACGGUGAUAUCAUUAUACAAGCGAAUGAUGAAGACAUCCUGGAUGAGUAUCCGGCUGAUUGCUGUCCUGAUUCGUAUUACGUUAAGUUCCCAAUCUUGGCCGGUGACGAUGAUUCGCCAUUCUGGCAGGGAUGGGGCAAUUUACGACUGAAAACUUUUCAAUUAAUCGAAAACAAAUAUUUUGAAACAGCUGUUAUCACUAUGAUUUUACUUAGUAGUUUAGCAUUGGCCUUAGAAGAUGUUCACCUCCCCCAACGACCAAUUCUCCAAGAUAUUCUUUACUAUAUGGACAGAAUAUUUACAGUUAUAUUUUUCUUAGAAAUGUUAAUCAAAUGGUUGGCUUUGGGUUUUAAGGUCUAUUUCACAAAUGCAUGGUGUUGGCUUGAUUUUAUCAUUGUAAUGGUGUCGCUUAUCAACUUCGUUGCUUCACUUGUUGGAGCUGGUGGUAUUCAAGCCUUCAAGACUAUGCGAACGUUAAGAGCACUGAGACCACUACGUGCCAUGUCCCGAAUGCAGGGCAUGAGGGUCGUCGUAAAUGCUCUGGUUCAAGCUAUACCGUCCAUCUUCAAUGUGCUAUUGGUGUGUCUAAUAUUUUGGCUUAUUUUUGCCAUUAUGGGUGUACAGCUUUUUGCUGGAAAAUAUUUUAAGUGUGUGGAUGACAACCAUACCACAAUAAGUCAUGAAAUCAUUCCAAAUCGAAAUGCAUGUGAAAAUGAGAACUAUACCUGGGAGAAUUCAGCGAUGAAUUUCGAUCAUGUAGGUAAUGCGUAUUUGUGUCUCUUUCAAGUGGCGACAUUCAAAGGAUGGAUUCAAAUAAUGAACGAUGCAAUUGAUUCUCGAGAGGUGGAUAAGCAGCCAAUACGCGAAACAAAUAUCUACAUGUAUUUAUAUUUUGUGUUCUUCAUUAUAUUUGGAUCAUUUUUCACAUUGAAUCUGUUCAUUGGUGUUAUCAUCGAUAAUUUCAAUGAACAAAAGAAAAAAGCAGGUGGAUCAUUAGAAAUGUUCAUGACAGAAGAUCAGAAAAAGUACUAUAAUGCUAUGAAAAAGAUGGGCUCCAAAAAACCAUUAAAAGCCAUUCCUAGACCGAGGUGGCGUCCACAAGCAAUAGUCUUUGAAAUAGUCACAGAUAAAAAAUUCGAUAUAAUUAUAAUGUUAUUUAUUGGUUUAAAUAUGUUUACAAUGACACUCGAUCGUUAUGAUGCUUCGACAACAUAUAACAAUGUACUAGAUUAUCUAAAUGCGAUAUUCGUAGUUAUUUUCAGUGCCGAAUGUCUAUUAAAAAUAUUCGCUUUACGGUAUCACUAUUUUAUUGAGCCAUGGAAUUUAUUUGAUGUAGUAGUUGUCAUUUUAUCCAUCUUAGGUCUUGUUCUUAGUGAUAUAAUCGAGAAGUAUUUUGUAUCGCCAACAUUACUUCGUGUAGUACGUGUAGCUAAAGUAGGACGUGUCCUGCGUUUGGUCAAAGGUGCCAAGGGUAUUCGAACGUUACUCUUUGCAUUGGCCAUGUCCCUGCCAGCCUUAUUCAACAUAUGCCUACUGCUAUUUCUUGUUAUGUUUAUCUUCGCAAUAUUUGGGAUGUCAUUUUUUAUGCAUGUCAAAGAGAAGAACGGAUUGGACGAUGUAUAUAAUUUUAAGACUUUCGGACAGAGUAUGAUAUUGCUGUUUCAGAUGUCUACCUCAGCUGGGUGGGAUGGUGUUUUAGAUGCCAUCAUAAAUGAGGAAGAUUGCAAUAAGCCGGACAACGAUCGAGGAUAUCCGGGAAAUUGUGGUUCAGCCACCGUUGGAAUUACGUAUCUUCUUUCAUAUCUAGUUAUAAGCUUUUUGAUAGUUAUCAACAUGUACAUUGCUGUCAUCCUCGAAAACUACAGUCAGGCCACCGAAGACGUCCAAGAAGGUCUAACCGAUGACGAUUACGACAUGUAUUAUGAAAUCUGGCAGCAAUUCGAUCCGGAGGGUACGCAGUAUAUUCGUUACGAUCAACUUUCCGAAUUUCUUGAUGUUCUUGAGCCGCCCUUGCAAAUACAUAAGCCCAACAAAUAUAAAAUCAUCUCGAUGGACAUACCAAUUUGCCGUGGUGAUCUCAUGUACUGCGUGGAUAUUUUAGAUGCUCUAACUAAGGACUUCUUUGCUCGUAAGGGGAAUCCCAUAGAAGAGACUGGAGAAAUCGGUGAAAUCGCAACAAGGCCGGAUACCGAAGGCUAUGAGCCUGUUUCUUCGACAUUAUGGCGGCAGCGCGAGGAGUAUUGCGCUCGUCUGAUACAAAACGCAUGGCGCAAGCACAAGUUGCACAAAGACGAUGGCCAUGAGGGCACUGGUGAUGACACAGACUUCGAUGGCGCUGGCGAUGGUCCCGAUGACCACUCAAUGAAAAACGGAAGUGGUCUGGAUAGAUCAAAUGAAAGCAACAGUGCUGGAGGAAGUGGUGGUCCAUUAAGUCCGGGUAGUAGUAAUAGUUCCGGUGAUCGGCAAGGUCGACAGACAGCCGUUUUAGUUGAAAGCGAUGGUUUUGUCACGAAAAACGGUCAUAAGGUUGUAAUUCACUCCCGAUCACCCAGUAUAACAUCAAGAACGGCAGAUGUCUGAGCCAGGCCUCGCCCCCCCCUCCAAGAAGCACGACAGAAUUAAUAAUUUUUCUACUUCAAUAAACAACAACAACAAUAAACAUCUCUAAACAAUAAUAUUUUUGGCGUUAAUGAGAAAACAACAACAAACAAAAAGCAAAAGACAUCAGCUAAAUUUGAACAAUAAUGAAAAAAAAAUAAAAAAACAGAAAAUUAUUAAUUUAAAACCUAAUUUUAAUAUAUAAAAGCAAAUAUUUCAUUUAAAAAAUAAAACAAAAAAAAACAUUUAAUUUCAUUCUUAAUUUAAAAUAAUAACUCUUAAAAAAAUAAAAGCUCUGGAAAAUUUAUAAAAAAAUUAACGUAAUAAAUAAAAAUUUUGUUUUCGUAUAAAUAAUGUAAAACAAAAAUUAGUAUUUUUAUAAAAAAAAAAAAAAAAAAAAAAAAGAAUGGAAAGCCGACUGCCAUAUCAAAUUUCUAUUAACCCACAAAUAUAUGUAACUCACAAAGUUCUUAUUUAUCAAAAAAUCCAAUUUCUUAAAAAAAAAACACAAAAGCAUUUUUCUAUCCUAAAACAAUAUAUAUUUAAAAGAAAAAAUAAACGAAAGACGCAUCAUGGAAAUCUUGGAGUUAGGGUGAAAAAAAACUAAAAACAAAAUAAUUAUUUAAAUAAAAUUAUAAUACAAUUCGUUUUUAAAACUAACUGCAUUCACAAAAACAUUAUAAUUCUCAAAAUCUAACUUUCAUCAAAAAUACAUUUAAGUGUGAUUUUUAUAGGCCUGUGAAUCAAAAUUAAUUUAUUUUAGCUUAACAAUAAAUACCAAAAAUAGUUAUAAAUAAAAAUAAAGUAUAGUGUUGUGAUGUUAUAAAAAAGAAACAAAAAAUCAACAAUGAAAACUGUAAAAAACCAAGUGCAAAGUGUAUGGUGAAAAGUCAAUUUAUGAAGCGAACAUUAAGAGAAUCGGGCAAACAUUAAAAAUGCAACUAAAUUAAGAAAAAUUAUUGACGGGUAUAAAUUAAAUUAAAAACCAACAACAACAAAACAUACAAAGUGAAGGAGAAAUUUCCAGUUUAAAAGAAAGAAGCUGCUAAGGAAAUGUAGAUACCUAGUUAAAAAAAAUAAAAACAAAACAAACAUUUUCAAUUGAAAAUUAUGUAUUAAAGCUUUAACAAAAAAUAUAUUGUAUAAAAACGAUGGGUAUGUGUAAUUAGUGAUAUACUUUCUCUUUAGUUUACACAAUUGAUGGUUUAAGUUUCCAUUUGAUAUCUAUUUGAAGACCAGAUUUAUAAUUAUUUAUAAUUAAUUAUUGUUUGCUAACACAAAAUUUCCGAAAUACUUGUUUGCGAUUAAUUUUAUUUUUAAUUUCUUUUUAGUUUUGAUUUUGUGUUAUUUUAUUGAGUGAUUAUAUUUAUUGCACAUAUUUCAUUAAAGGAAGGAUAUUUGGCUUAAACUUUAACGAAUGGCAAAACAGAUUCACAAUAAUUUUUUUUUAGGUGAUUUUAUUUGUAUGGAAAAGUGAUUUUCGAAUUUAAGUUUAGAAGAAAAUAAAUUUUUUUAAAAACACAUGCAAGUCAACGAUUAAAAAAAAUUGUGUAAUGUAGUUCAAAAAAUUCGUUUAAUUUUUCAAGAUUUUUUGUAUUAUUAUUAAAAUAAAGAUCGAUUAAUAUUUGAUUAAAAUUGUCUUUAAUAUCUUCUCAUCCCUUCUCAACAAUCGUCUUAAAUUUGCUUCCUGAAUUAAAUUUUUAUAGAAAUAUUGUCAAAAAAACUUAACAUUGAAAUUGCGCCAGCAAAAUUAAAAAAAAAAAAAACUAAAACGCAAACUCACUAUCGAGUCAUAAUGUUUUCAAACAUCUAGAGUCUCAAAUAUAUAUUUGAAUUUAAAUAAAGAAAAUAAGUACAGAGCUUAGAAUAAAAUUCGAUUUUAAGUUUUUAUUUUAAAUUUUUACAUUAGAAUUCCACAUUGAGCUUUAUAAUAUUUUGUUGGCAUAUUGAACUUUUUACUAUAUGCAAUAAGAAAUUAUUCAUAGCAGAAAAUAAAUCAGAAAUAAUCACAGCUUAAAUAUAUGUUUAAAUUCAGUUUUGUUCAUUGCUAGCAAAAAAAAGCUUUUUCUUUUAGUUGUUUAUGUUUUAGGUUUCCCAUGACAAAACACAUAAGCUAACUUAAUUUCCCACACAAGAAGAAAACUCAUAUUAAAAACAAUAAAUAAAAAAAUUAAAUAAAUCAAUUUAACAUUAAUUUUCAAUGAAAUAUUAAUUUUUAUAUUUAAAAUUUCUGCGUGCACUCUAUUUAAUGAGGGGUAGGGCGAGUAUUAGAAUACAAAAUACAUUUACAUUAUAUUAUACUUAUAAAGAUAUAUACUAAAUGUAUGUAUAUAUACAAAUCGACAAAACACAAUACCUAACAAUAAUAAUAAAUUAUAUUUAUAUAAUAUUAUAUAUAUACCUGUAUAUAUAUGUAUUAAAAUAAAUCAAAUGUUUUGCUUAUUCUUUAUGCAUCGAAGAACAACUAUGAAUAUCUAUGACUCAUGAGCUUUUGACUAAAAUACAAAUUUUCUGUUAUAUAUUUUCUUGUACAAUAAUUAUUAAAAAAAAAUUUAUUUACAAACACAAAUCAUAGAAACUCGUAGUUGUUUUUUUUAUACAUAGAAACAGCAAAACUAAACAGCUCUAUGAUGAAACAAAAAACUUAGCUAAUUUUUUUCUAAAUAAAACAAAAAAUGUGUAGAUUAAAUAAUUAAUUAAAAUAAAACAAACUGUAAAUUGGUAGAAUGAAACAAAAAAAAAAAACAAAUUGCUUCUUUGUUAACACUACAUUUUAGCUUUAUACAUUGUAAAAUAUACAUACAAAAUCUCUAGUUAAAAAAAGUAAAGUAUAAAUUAUAAAUACAAAAAUCGAAAACAAAAAUCAUAAAACUAAAAAAAAAAAAAUAAAUGCAAA